AUGGUAUCUGAUGCAGAUGCUUCCACAUCUUCAUCUUCCAUUGAUAUUAUGCCUUCUGCUAAUAUUCAAAAUGAUGUCCCUGAACCUUCUGUUCACACAUCGCAUAGGAGAACACGAAAGCCUGCUUAUCUUCAAGAUUACUACUGUCAUUCAGUAGCUUCUUUAACCAUUCAUGAUAUUUCCCAGUUUCUCUCUUAUGAAAAAGUUUCUCCACUUUACCAUUCUUUCUUGGUUUGUAUUGCCAAAGCUAAAGAACCCUCAACCUACAAUGAAGCGAAAGAAUUUCUUGUGUGGUGUGGUGCUAUGGAUGAUGAAAUUGGUGCAAUGGAGACUACUCACACUUGGGAAAUCUGUACUCUACCUCCCAAUAAGAAGCCUAUUGGUUGCAAAUGGGUGUAUAAGAUAAAAUACAACUCGGAUGGCACCAUUGAACGUUAUAAGGCACGGUUGGUUGCCAAGGGUUACACACAGCAGGAAGGUAUCGAUUUUAUUGAGACUUUCUCUCCAGUCUGCAAACUCACAUCUGUCAAGCUCAUUCUUGCGAUCUCUGCCAUCUAUAAUUUUACUCUUCAUCAACUGGACAUUUCCAAUGCGUUCCUUAAUGGUGAUUUGGAUGAAGAGAUCUAUAUGAAGCUUCCUCCUGGAUAUGCUGCUAGACAGGGGGACUCUCUCCCUCCCAAUGCUGUGUGUUACCUCAAGAAGUCCAUUUAUGGGCUUAAACAAGCCUCCAGACAAUGGUUUUUAAAGUUUUCUGUUACACUCAUUGGUUUUGGUUUUGUGCAGUCCCAUUCUGACCAUACCUACUUCUUGAAGAUCACUGCUACACUUUUCUUAUGUGUCUUAGUGUAUGUUGACGACAUCAUCAUUUGCAGUAACAAUGAUGCAGCUGUUGAUGAGUUGAAGUCCCAGCUGAAAAGUUGUUUUAAACUCAGGGAUCUUGGCCCUUUGAAAUACUUUCUUGGCUUAGAAAUUGCUAGAUCCGCUGCUGGCAUUAACAUUUGUCAAAGAAAGUAUGCAUUGGAUCUUUUGGAUGAAACAGGUCUCUUGGGUUGUAAGCCGUCUAGUGUUCCUAUGGAUCCCAGCGUCACUUUCUCUGCUCAUUCAGGUGGUGACUUUGUGGAUGCUAAAGCUUACAGACGUCUCAUUGGUCGCCUCAUGUAUCUUCAGAUUACUCGUCUUGACAUCAGCUUUGCAGUCAACAAGCUCAGUCAAUUCUCUGAAGCUCCUCGCCUUGCACAUCAACAGGCUGUCAUGAAGAUUCUGCAUUACAUUAAAGGCACUGUUGGUCAAGGUCUGUUUUAUUCUUCUCAAGCUGAAAUGCAACUUCAAGUUUUCUCUGAUGCUUCAUUUCAGUCAUGCAAGGACACUAGACGCUCUACAAAUGGUUAUUGUAUGUUUUUGGGAACUUCUCUCAUUUCCUGGAAAUCCAAGAAGCAGCAGGUGGUCUCCAAGUCUUCUGCUGAAGCUGAGUAUCGUGCUCUCUCUUUUGCUACAGAUGAGAUGAUGUGGUUAGCUCAAUUCUUCAGGGAACUCCAGCUUCCUCUCUCCAAGCCUACACUUCUCUUCUGUGACAACACUGCAGCAAUUCACAUCGCCACCAAUGCAGUUUUCCACGAGCGCACCAAACACAUCGAAAGUGACUGCCACAGCGUUCGUGAGAGAUCCGUUUACCAAGCCACUCUAUCCUACUCCUUUCAAGCUUAUGAUGAGCAAGAUGGGUUUACAGAGUAUCUUUCUCCCAUCUUGAGGGGGACUAUUAUGUAUAUAGUUUCAAUGUUUGGUUUAGCUGGUUUAGAGGCUCUGAUCUGUUUCAUUUUCCUUUUCCUUUUCUCAUUCCUCACUAGCUUCAAAGCUUCUGCUCAAAAUCCUUUUUACCUAAAUCAUGAUUGUCCAAAUAGGACAACUUACUCAAGUAACAGCACUUACUCCACCAAUCUCAAAACCCUUUUGUCCUCUUUUGCUUCCCGCAACGCCUCUUACUCCACCGGAUUCCAAAACAUCAGGGCGGGACAAACCCCCGACAGGGUCACCGGACUUUUCCUUUGUCGCGGAGACCUAUCCCCGGAAGUUUGCAGUAACUGCGUUGCCUUCUCCGUUAACGAAUCGUUAACUCGGUGUCCAAAUCAGAGAGAAGCUGUGUUCUAUUACGAAGAGUGCAUACUCAGAUACUCUCACAAGAAUUUUCUAUCGACAGUUACAUACGAAGGAGAACUUAUCAUGAGGAACCCCAAUAAUAUUUCUUCUAUUCAAAAUCAAAGAGACCAGUUUAUAGAUUUGGUUCAAUCUAAUAUGAACCAAGCUGCCAAUGAAGCAGCCAACAGUUCUAGAAAAUUCUCUACGAUAAAGACCGAAUUGACCUCACUCCAGACUUUGUAUGGGCUUGUUCAAUGCACUCCUGAUCUCGCAAGACAAGAUUGCUUUAGCUGUCUGACAAGUUCCAUCAAUAGAAUGAUGCCACUUUUUAGAAUUGGAGCAAGACAGUUUUGGCCAAGUUGUAAUUCAAGGUACGAGCUUUACGCGUUCUACAACGAAACCGCCAUUGGAACACCAUCACCACCACCACUGUUUCCGGGGUCUACGCCUCCGUUGACAUCCCCUUCAAUACCUGGGAAAAGUGGGAAUUCAACAGUGUUAGUGGUAGCCAUUGUUGUGCUGGCUGUUCUGCUUUUCAUAGCUUUAGUUGGUUAUUGUUUCCUUGCACAGAGAACAAAGAAGACUUUUGACACAGCAUCUGCAUCGGAGGUAGGAGAUGAUAUGGCAACCGCAGACUCACUACAGCUCGACUAUAGAACAAUCCAAACUGCAACAAAUGAUUUUGCAGAGAGUAAUAAGAUUGGUCGAGGUGGUUUUGGUGAGGUUUACAAGGGUACAUUUUCAAAUGGGAAAGAAGUUGCGGUGAAGAGAUUGUCGAAAAAUUCAAGACAAGGCGAAGCGGAGUUCAAGACCGAGGUUGUUGUAGUUGCCAAGCUUCAACACAGAAAUUUGGUUAGGCUUCUUGGAUUUUCAUUACAAGGAGAGGAAAGAAUUUUGGUCUACGAGUAUAUGCCUAACAAAAGCCUUGAUUGCUUACUAUUUGGUCUGUUGCAUUUCAAUGAUUCUUUGACCAUUAAUCUUGAAACUUGGGGUUGCUAAUCUCAAGAUUUAACUGUAAUCCAUGGAUUUGCACAGACCCUACAAAGCAAACUCAGCUGGACUGGAUGCAGCGAUACAAUAUCAUUGGAGGAAUUGCUCGGGGGAUUCUAUAUCUUCAUCAAGAUUCACGGCUCACAAUCAUACACCGUGACCUUAAAGCAAGUAACAUUCUCCUAGAUGCGGAUAUAAAUCCGAAAAUUGCAGAUUUUGGAAUGGCUAGGAUCUUCGGAUUGGACCAAACCCAGGAUAACACAAGCCGAAUAGUUGGUACCUACGGUUACAUGGCUCCCGAGUAUGCGAUGCAUGGCCAAUUCUCAAUGAAAUCUGAUGUCUAUAGCUUCGGAGUGUUAGUUCUUGAGAUUAUAAGUGGUAGGAAGAAUAGUAGCUUCGACGAGUCAGACGGCGCACAAGACUUGCUCACACAUACUUGGAGGCUUUGGACUAACAGAACAGCAUUAGACCUCGUGGAUCCACUUAUAGCAAAUAACUGCCAGAAUAGCGAAGUGGUUCGAUGCAUCCAUAUCGGUCUUUUAUGUGUUCAAGAAGAUCCUGCAAAGCGUCCGACAAUAUCAACCGUUUUCAUGAUGCUCACUAGUAAUACUGUGACCUUACCAGUGCCUCGGCAACCAGGGUUUUUCAUUCAAAGUAGUCCCGUAAAGGACCCGACUGAUUCAGAUCAGUCUACCACGACCAAGUCUACUCCAGCAUCUAUUGACGAUGAAUUGAUCACUGAUUUAUAUCCGCGCUAAAUAUGAUGUUUACCUUCACGGUUGUAAUGAAGUUUAAGCAUAUAUUUUCAUAUUUCUAGGUGUGAUCAACCCAAUAAAUUGUUUAGUUUUGAUUUGGUUUGUUAAAACCAUAUGUGUACUUUG